UAUAGAAUUAGACCAAAAAGAAGGUUGAAAUAAGUGGAAUAGAAUGCCAGGUCAGCAAAGGCCAAAGGGGGACGGGGACUGUGUCUGCUCUUCCCUCUGGCUAUGCUCUGUUCUCUCAUAUGUUCUGUUCUUUAACUGAGACAGAGUUUCGCUGUCUUUGCCAAUUGCCAGUCUGUCAUUUAUCUUCAUUCCCUUUUUUUCCUAUAUAUACUAAUUUAAUAAUGUUUUCCUUAUUUUAAUUACCAAAAACCUUUCUCUUCUCUCCAUUUAUAUAUAUAACCAUAUACGGCUUUCUUGUUUUCUUUAUCCUCUGUUUCCAGCAUUUUUAUUAUACAAACACAAAGAGGUUUUGGCACCGUUAACAAAACGUCAACGUUUUGUCAUUUUCCAUGAGUCUCUUCGGCCUCGGUAGCAGAAACCAGAAGACAUUUAGGCCUAAGAAGAAUGCUCCAUCAGGAAGCAAGGGUGCUAAGCUUCAAAAGCACAUUGAUGCAACCUUGGGUAGCGGGAACUUGAGAGAAGCUGUUAGGCUACCACCUGGUGAAGAUAUCAAUGAGUGGCUUGCUGUAAAUACGGUGGAUUUCUUCAAUCAGGUGAAUAUCCUGUAUGGUACAUUGACUGAGUUCUGCACAGCAAACAACUGCCCAACUAUGUCAGCAGGACCAAAAUAUGAGUAUAGAUGGGCAGAUGGGGUUACUAUUAAGAAGCCUAUAGAGGUAUCAGCUCCCAAGUAUGUUGAGUAUCUGAUGGACUGGAUUGAAGCUCAGCUAGAAGAUGAAGCAAUUUUCCCACAAAAACUGGGGGCACCAUUUCCACCGAAUUUCCGAGAUGUUGUGAAGACGAUAUUUAAAAGAUUGUUCAGAGUAUACGCCCACAUUUACCACUCACAUUUUCAGAAGAUUGUGAGUUUGAAAGAAGAAGCUCAUUUGAAUACUUGCUUUAAACAUUUUGUUCUGUUUACUUGGGAAUUCCGGUUGAUUGACAAAGGAGAACUUGCACCUCUGUCUGAUCUUGUGGACUCUAUUUUGCAGUUGUAGCCUCAAGGAUUCACCCUUUUCUUUGAAUAUUUUGGAUACACAUUUUUUUGCGAGCUUCUAUUUGCUCAUCUAGUCUUUUUUUUUUUUUUUUUUUUGGUCUCCUUUGUCUCCCAAUGGUGGGUCUUUUCUUAAUUAGAAAUGAAGACAAGUUUGACAUUAUUUAUGAUAUUAUUUGGAUCACAGUUGAUAUUUGUGGAACAAAGAAAGUAAUCAAGCAAGCAUUGGAUCAUAGUUUUAGUUAAUAUUUGAGAGACAAAGAAAGUAAUCAAGCAAGUAGUUUAAGAGUUUUGACAUAAGAACGACUUGUUACAGAGGUCAUAUAUGUAGGAAUAUAUUUAUAAGAUAUUAUCAAAAAGUAGAAUUUAACACCAAAAUCAUAUUUUUCGUUUUAUUAAUUAAACAUCCAGAUGUAAUACAAUUCAAUCAGUAUCGUCCUAUAGUAUUUUUCUUAAGUUAUUCAAAACUGUUUUUAACUUUGAUCAGCCACCUCAUUUAUCCCAUCACCACCCAGCUUUCUUUACAGCCAUAACCUUAAACCAGUUCUAGUAUAAAAAUAAAUGUUCUCUAGUAAAAGAAAAAGGAAGUAAAAGAGGAAAAAGUAACAUUUUCUUUCUCUAAGGGUAGUUUGGUGGAUAGGAUGUUUAUCUUUAC